GUGUCGUAGAUGGUAAUGGCGGACCAUGGGCUCAAUUUCAUUGGAAUGGCUGCGUGUUGAGAAGGAUCAGGAUUUUCUGGCCGGCCACAACAAAGAAAAAACACCUUCACAGUGAGAAAGCCUUGCUGUGCACACAGACAGUAAUUCUCGCCUUGUACCUUCCCUUCGGUUGGAGCCCAACGCAACGUUCUCCAUCGCCAACAGUACCAGAGGGACCCAUUUCAUUUUUGGACCCAGUGCUGCUGCAGUAACAGCUCUCCGAUUUGCUCAGAUUGCGAGUCAAGCACAGGUUGCUCUUCAGCAGCUUGCAACUCUAGCAACUAUAACUGUUGGCAGCCAGUGUCAGAACAACAACAGGAUUGCUGCAGCAUUACCUCCUCACCUCGCCCUACUCAGUCUUCUCAGUAGACAGCAGGUGUCGGCUGUUGGGUUUAACAUAGACACCAACUGCAAAACUUACAGUAACGCACAACCGUGUCUCUCUGCUGCAAUGUAUCACCACCACUCCCAGCAACAAGGGUCGCAGUCCUUCUCAAAUGGGCCCAGGCCUCCACACCAUCAGCCACCUCCAAAUCAACAUCAGAAUCGCUCUUCUGACAUGCUGUCACAGGCGAUGGGUUUCCAGUUUCCUCGUCCCACCCAGCUCCCUGAUGAGCUAGAGUCCGCUCUGGCUAUCCGUGGUGCUAGGGACAUGGAUCACCGGCUCAUUGACCACAUGAAUCGACCAAACCAACACCAGAACCAAAGCUCUGCUCCUGGGAUCAGUCAACAUGGAAGCUUUGGCUCUAACCCAAUGGCACUCAACUCUGAAAAUCCGUCUGCCCAUCAGCAAGGAGUAGACUGGUCAAGCUACCAACCUCCAACAAAACUGUUUUCCAGUCCUCCACCUGGUGGUAGUCACCAGUCCCAACGACACCCCGGGCCUCAACAGCAGCCCCAGAGCAGCCAUGCCGGAGCACGCAUUCAAAGUUGGAAAACGGGUGACUUACAGUCCCCCUCACAGGCCCGGCAUCCACUGGGAAGUGGGGAUAAUCAGGGGAUGUACACACCAGAAAGUGCAGGAAGUAUCUUGGCUAGCUUUGGACUUUCAAAUGAGGACUUAGAGGUGCUGAGUCACUACCCUGAUGAUCAGCUCACCCCUGAUACUUUACCAUUCAUCCUCCGCGAUAUCCAAAUCAACAAAACAGGGACACAGAAUACUGCAGCUCCGUCACCCUCGUUCACAAGUGGCGUCCAAGAAAUGCCAGUGCAUCCCUCUCGCUCUUCGCACUCCCCAGAGGUGCCCAGCCUUCUUACUGUUACACAGACUGCCGGUAAAGUAAUUGACUAUGGCCAUGCGAGUAGGGCAAAGGAAGAAACUGGUAACAGAAAGACUUUCAAAAGAGAGCAACUUUCAACUGAAAGGACUGUUAAAAUGUACCCAACCCCAUUGCAAUCCUCAUCAGCUCCAAAACCGGUGAAAGCUGAAAGGCGGCAAGUUCGUUUGGAACCCACUGAACCAAGCAAACAUGGAGACCAGGACUACCGCAGGACAAGUAGCGACCAUCGAAAGAGCAACCGAUCCCCUGGGAGAGAAUUUCCGCCAUCAUCCAAGCCGCGCAAUCUAGACCGGGACUACAGACGGGAAGCACCAAAACCUAGGCCCUCAUCUGAAACCAGGAGCGAUGCCUCUUCGAGACGCUCACUCUCUUCUCCGUCAGGCUCAAAACCACACAGCAGCAGCAGCAAGAAGUUACCAACCCCCACCAUGAUAAGUGAUUUCUCAGCUGUGUCUCCAAAGGUGUAUCCCCAUACCUGCUCACUGUGCCAUACACAGUGUGAUCAGGAAAAGGACUGGGUUGACCAUAUUAACACUGUCAACCACACUGCUGCCUGCAGAGACCUGCGCAACAAGUAUCCGGACUGGAAGCCAAAUCCACCAAGUGGGAGCGGACGACAUGGCAGCCGAGGUUCAUGGGAUCCUAAGGAUCACUCUCCGUCCCAAUCUGUGUCCCGAUCUGUUUCAUGCUCUCUUUCCCCGAGCCCACCUCACAGCAAACACAGGGUGGGACCCCCCCACCACAGGCUGCAUGGGAGGCCUUACACACCUCACCAUCACCCUCGCCACCAGCGCUACCCAAGUGAUCCAUCUCGUAGUGGUCUGAAGCGUCCACAUGAUGACUCAACAAAGUUCUCCACUGACGCCAGCCGACAUCCACCCUCCUCUAGGACAGGUCACGGCUCCAAGCAUGGACCAUCGCAGUCCUCCACCAAGGCUAUAAAGAGCGGGACAAAGCCUGGAGUCAAGACAACAAAGACAGCAAGUGGCAAAGCUGCAGACUCAUCUGUCAAACCUCCACCAGCCAAGAAGAAGAAGAAAGUGGUGACUCCAGCCGCCCAGGACUCAUCUGUGGCAGAUCGCCUGGUUUAUCUGACGGGAAUCCCGAAAGAUGCAUCGGAACAGGAAGUUACCGAUUUGGUCGGAUCAUUUGGCAAGAUCAACAAUGUGAUCCUCAUGCCAUGCUCAGAGGAAGAGAGCGAGAAGGGCGAGGGACAGAAGGCGUCUGUCUGCAUGGUGAAGGCUGAAGAUGCUCAGGCUUUGGCUAACUCCACAAAACUCUCCAUCAGAGAGCAGCAAAUCACUACAUCAACAGCCAAGACGCAGAAAUCUGAAGAAGGGAAGUCCUCUGAUGACGACAAGAACGGCAAAUCAGCUCCAGAAGCAGACAAAGGUGCUGCCAGGGAAGACACUGCUGCAGGAGCUGAGGCUGACCAGAAGACUUCGGAGGAGAAAGGCAUGUUGCUGAUCACAGGACUACCUGAGAGCGGCUGGUCAGAGAGUGACAUCGUCAAACUGGUCCAGCCGUUUGGGACGCCCUUUGAUAUCGUCAUGGCAACACAGAUUGGAAAGGUACUUUUGUCAGUGCUGGACAUGGAGGCAGUACAAGAGAUGGUGAAAGUUCAUUCUUUCAAGCCUGCAAAGAUCGGAGACGCUGAACUCAAGAUGAUCCACAUCAAACAGAGCAUCGGUCUGAGCACACCGGUGGCUCUCUACAAUCUUCUGAUGGCACCAGAGGCUCCUUUGGAGAGUCCCCCUCCGGUAGGCUGGAGCAGCCUGUUGGUGAUCAGCAAUGUCCCCAGCACGCCCUCGGGCCCCUCAGAGGUCCAGAAACUGGUGCGACGCUUCGGCACUGUUAUCAAGACCCUGGUGCUCAACAGCAUGGUCAUUUGUGAGAUGGCGACCGCGGCCAUGGCUCUCUCCGUCUACAAACGCUUCCAGACGUUUCCAUGCAUCAUCCAAAACAACCCUCUGUUCUUCUCCCGCAAGGCCGACCCCAGAGCCAACACUCAGACCAAAGUCAUCACUGCAUACCUGGAUCCAACAGAGGAAACACCUGCAACUGGCAAAGGCAGCAAAACAUCAGCGACUGCAGAGGAAGAGGAGAUCGCUGCUAAAGAAGAUUCUGGAUCUCCAUCGGAAGUGAUGGAAAAAGAUGUUAACAUGAAGGAGGAGGAGAUAGUCAUUGGAGAUGAAGCUUUGGAAGAAAACAAGAGCCAAGAUGAAAACGAAGAAGUCAAAAAAGAAGAAGUCACUGUUAAUAUUUCAGAACCUUUGGCUGCACCAGACAUCAAACCUGAAGCGGACUCGGAGACAAACGAGAUGGAAAUAGCAGAAGAGAAGAAGGAUGUCGAUGUAUCCCCUAAUGGAAAUGACAAAUCUGCUGCUGGUGAGGAGACGAAGACAUCUAUCUCUGAUGAUAAAGCAGCUUCCAAGGAGACACCUGUGCCAGAGCUUCCACAGGCAAGUGUGGAGAUGGUGAUCACGCCACAAGAAGAAUGCCAAACAAGCACAACCACCAACUCCAACAACACCACUGGAACUCCAACUGAUGGAAAACAAGAAGAGACACAACCACAGAAAGAGCAGGGAGGAAAAUUAGUACUAGAGCCUAAAGAGCUGACUGAGAACCAGGCAGAGGAGGAGACAAAGAAGCAGGAGAGGGAGCUGAAAGAGAGGGAGGCAAGAAAGGAGAAGGAGAGGAAGGAGAAGGAGAAGAAGGAGAGGGAGAGGAGGGCCUGGGAGAGCAAGGAGAGGGUCAGAAAAGAGAGGGAGCGGGAUGAGAGAGCCAGGAGGGAGAGGGAGAGGAGGGAGGAGGAGAGGAGAGAACGAGAGAGGAGGGAGAGGAAGCGGACGCACGGUGAAGGCUCCACAGGAUGGAGGUCGUCCAGCAGGUCAGAGGGAUACAAGCGGAGCUCAGAGAGGGAUGUGCAGACUAAAAGAUCUGAAGUUGCAUCCAAAACGGUGGAGGACGAGGAGUGUGACGACUUCCCCUUCAACUUAAGUGACUUUGUGACAGUGGAUGAGGUUGGAGAUGUGACGGACCUUCCUGACUCUCCUUCUCCUGCUGCACCAAUGGAAAUGACAGAGGGGGAGGAGGACGCUCCCUCAUUGGUCCAAAAAGACGAUUCAGAGGGAACACCUGCCGAGGUAACCACAGAAGCAGGAAUACCAGACGCCACAGUGACCCCGGUGAAGUCUGAGGAGAUUAAACCAGAGGGUGAAACUGGGAACAAGGCGGCAUCUUGUACACCUGAUGAGCUGCCUGACUCCUCCCACAGCCAAACGCCAGUACCUACAGGUCAACCCGAAGCACCUGAGACAGAAACCAAACUGACCACCGCUCUGGACUCAACCACCGAGGUCGACCGCCUCCCCAUGCCAGCUGACUCCUCCUCAAACAGCCGUGAGACGUGUGUAGUGACAGCAGAGAGCGUGGGAGAGGAGAAGGAGAAUGAUGCUCUCAAUAACAAUCAGGUUAAAGAGGAGAAGGAGAGGGAGGACUUGGUGGUGUUGGAUAAAACGGAGGAAAAGGAAAAAAUGCAGGAUGAAGAGGACGAUAAGACGCAAGCUCCUGCUGCAGACAUAGCAGGAACAAAACAGAGAUCUGAAGAUGAAACAAACACCGAAGAGGAGAGUGCGACAAAGAAAUUAAAGACAGAAACUCCAACCAUAACAGAUGACUCCCUCCCUCCUUUUGACCCAAGUAACCCAGUCGGUAUGGAGUUCUUGGUCCCAAAGACAGGUUUCUUCUGUAAGGUGUGUAACAGGUUCUUCAGUGGAAGCAAAGAGGCAGAGAUCAGCCACUGCAAAUCCCUGAAACACUACGAGAACUUACAGAAAUUCCUGCAGACUACGAAGAUGGCGGACGAGACUGCCAAACCGGUCUCAAGCUGAAUGUUACUCUGAAACUGUUGACAGGAUUUUCCAUUCCCCUCCUCUUUUGUAAAGUCUCCUCAUUUCGCCAAGGGUCCAGAUUCUCAAAUUGAUGUAGAAUAGUCUCAUUUCCUGUUUCUGUUUGAAUAUGUGAUGCUGAUUUUUCAUAAACUAUAAAAAAAAGAGUGGAAACUGUAUAAAGUGGAUGCUUUCUUGCAAACAGUCAAUAAAUUGUUUGUACUUA